GCUUAUUUGUUAUCUGCACAACACAGCAUACACAACACAGUAUAAAUAAGGCACAAGCUCCCUCUACUGGACAAAAUUAAGACGUUGAAAUAAAAUCUUUCAUCUGUUCAGUUGGGGGCGACAGUAUGCUAUUGGUCAUAGAGAGAACUGAUUUAGGAAUUUCUAGUAAAUAAAUAUUUUGAUUAUCCUUUAAAAUAAGCGUGCAAUAAUAAACCGAGAGAUAGCUUUCUAUUGACUUUUGUUUUGUUUUUGAGAAUAAAGACACCACUGGACACAGAAAGUCACACUUUGUUCAAAACUGAAAAAGAUAUAAAUACAUUAUGGGUUUACUGGUCAAUUACCAUCAUGAUAAACAGGUGGACAAGUUGUAGCCGCCCCCUCACAUCCUCUGGCGCAGCGGACGAGUGUUGCGUAAAGAAUGGAGGCGAGGACUGGCACAGGAUGAGUUUAAAAGGCGCACUUACAAACUUUUACGCAUCACAACUUCUUCCGUUUGCCAGAUUGAUUUUACGUAUCGUGACUUUGGACACUGUGAAGAUGCGUUGCGCACUUUCUAACCUGCCAAUGCUGCACUCCUCCAUCCUGACUCUGUGGUUCACAGCUCUCCAGGGGUUCAGAGAUUCGGAUGCUGCUCCAAAUUCUUCUCCUCUGCUCGGCUCCAGCUGGGGGAACCCGAGGAGAUUCAUUCACCUUCAGACAACUUCUGACUUGAACAAUUUCUACAUGGAGAUCAGCCCGAACGGACAUGUGCGCAAAACCACGCACAGGGGUUCCUAUAGUGUUGUGGUAUUAAAAGCGGAGAGCAGAGACCGUCUGGCAAUAUUUGGAGUGAAAAGUAACCGGUUUUUGUGCAUGGACGCAGGCGGGACUCUUUUCACAUCUACGAUUUGCAAUAAGGACGACUGUCUUUUUCACCACAAACUUUUGGAAAACAAUCGAGACGUUUACUUUUCCACCAAGCACAACAUACUUCUCAACCUGGAUGGGGUGAAGCAGAUAUAUACAGCAGGACAAAAUCUUCACCAGUCAUCCGUGUUUCUAUCAGAGAAAAACACCAUUCCACUGGAGCGUCUGCAGCACAGGGAGAGGAGAAAUCGGCAGGUGAAUCCAUCCGACCCGUUAAAUGCGCUCCGGCGCGGCGAGGCGUCUGACUCCAGAGCGGCCCAGGAGGACGAUGGAGACCUUGACUUUGAGCCAUCGGAAGGUCGCAACAUCUCUAAAGAAACUCUUGUUUCCCCUUCAGAUGAUGACCCUUGGGAGAUUCUUCACGACACGAACCCCAGCAGUCCUCGGAUCUCAGGAAUUGUCGGAUAAAGGUGCGUCUUGGGGUGACCGCGGAUCCGUCGCUGCUUUGCUCAGAUUCGGAGAGCGAAGGGAUGUAGUGUGGCACAACAUUUAAAAAAAAUAUAUUUUUAAAAUCUACCCAAACACGAACAACCCGAUUUCUAAUGUCCACCAUUGUAUCUGGAUAAAAUACAGCUAAAACAACUCUGGGUUACCGUUUGGGUUGUUUUUAACACAGCUA